CCCAGCUGUCCCAGGCUCAGUUGAAGUUCCCAGUGCACGGGCAGGUCACACUGUACCCCCAUGUCUGCACCAGCCUGUCUCCAGAGAACAGGCAGGGGGCAGCGUCCACACCCCAGUCUCUGCCCAGAGGUUGACCACCAUCCUGCCCCAGAGGGCACAGCUCAGGGUCCUCUCUCCACCCUGCCCUAGAGGGCACAGCUCAGGGUCCUCUCUCCACCCUGCUCCAGAGGGCACAGCUCAGGGUCCUCUCUCCACCCUGCUCCAGAGGGCACAGCUCAGGGCCUGCUCAGCAGAACAUGCCCACAGAGAGUAGCUGGGGAGUGAGCACGUGAUCCAUGCUCACUCAACCAGAGGCAGCCCUGAGACUUUGGCUGUCCUGAUGAUUUAGAAGGGCCCAGGGAGCUGCURGAGCAAGUCUGGGGACCCUGGGACCACAACAGGGGAGUCUGGUGAGGAGAAAAGACAUCAAAGAGAGGAGAAGCCAGAAGCAGACACCUGAUGUUGGUCAGGCACCUGGAUCAAGUCACACCUGAAGGCAGACCAUGAAUUUUCCAUUUACUCUUCUUAAUGAAAGCUGUGCCCAGUUUGACUUGGUUUUUCUGUCACUCAUACCCAAUGGUCUUUUCAUCUGCUUCGUAUGUGCCACCUUUCUAAUAGUCCACUUGUUGGGGUUUUAGGCCCCAAGGCCACAGGGAUGGGGACAGGACUGCUGGGUGACCUCCACCCCCAACACCUGACCUUCUCUCCAAGUUGAAGGAGGAAGAAAGGGGAGGGUUGGACAGAUGAAGUGGGUUGUUUACAAACCACAGCCUCCGGGUGCUAUUGUGAAAUCUGGGGCUGGAAGGACACGGGUCAGGAGUUGAAGGGACAGGGGUUCAGGGGACAGGGGCUGAGGGUCCAUCCCCUCCUCUCCUUCUCCCGCCCACCCUAGGGGCCAGCCCCCUGCAGAGUCAGCAAAGCUGUGUGCUCUGGGUCUGGGGAGAGCGAGUUCCCCUUUCCCUGCUGGCCAAAGCCCAGCUGGCAGAUGGUCAGCUCCGCCCCUCCGCCCUCAUAAAAGGGCCCAGAGGCCCCUGCCUGGUCAGUGUUCAGGCCACCGUGGUGUCAUCAUGCCAGGCUCUACGUGCCUGGCGUCUCUGGUCCUCUUGGGGGCCGCAGUGUGUGCGGCCCAGCCUCGCGGUCGGAUCCUGGGCGGCCGGGAAGCCGAGGCGCAUGCGCGGCCCUACCUGGCGUCGGUGCAAGUGGACGGCAAACACCGGUGCGGCGGCGUCUUGGUCACCGAGCAGUGGGUGCUGAGCGCUGCGCACUGCCUGGACGACGCGGCCGAAGGGAAGGUGCAGGUGCUCCUAGGUGCGCACUCCCUAUCACAGCCCGAACCCUCCAAGCGCCGGUACGACGUGCGCCAAGCGGUGCCCCACCCGGACAGCAGGCCGGACACCAUCGACCACGACCUCCUCCUGCUGCAGCUGUCGGAGAAGGCGGCACUAGGCCCGGCCGUACAGCCUCUCGCCCUGCAGCGCGAGGACCGCGACGUGGCGCCCGGCACACUCUGCGACGUGGCCGGCUGGGGCGUGGUCAGCCACGCUGGCCGCCGGCCUGACCGCCUGCAGCACGUGCUCUUGCCGGUGCUGGACCGCGCUACCUGCAACCUGCGAACGUACCACGACGGCGCCAUCACCCCGCGAAUGAUGUGCGCGGAGAGCAACCGCCGCGACAGCUGCAGGGGCGACUCCGGAGGUCCGCUGGUGUGCCGGGGAGUGGUCGAGGGUGUGGUCACCUCGGGAGCGCGCGUGUGCGGCAACCGCAAGAAGCCGGGCAUCUACACCCGCGUGGCGAGCUACACGGCCUGGAUCGACGGCGUGCUGGCAGAGGGCGCGGAGGCCUGAGCGGGCCCUACGGCGCGGGGCACGAGGAGAGGGUAAUAAAGAAGU